AUGAACUCCUGCAAAACCUUAUUCUGUGCCUCUCUCUCUUCCUUUCCAUUCGUCCCUCUCCCAAACCCUAAUUCGACUCUCCCCUUUGUCUCGGUUCGCGCUAUUUCUUCUCUAUCCGUUCUCCAUCCAAAUCCAUGCAUCGGAACAGCUCGGCGCACUGUUCAUGGAGCUGCGGCUAUUUCACUGGAGAGCUUCCCGGAAACAUCGCCCAAGGAUCUCACUUUGAAGGAAAUCCUAACAACCAAUCGCAAGGAAGCGUAUAACAUGAUGAGGAUGGAGCGGAGGUGCACCUUAAGCGACGGUGAGGGUGACCGCAGAGGAUCAUGGUUCCCUUACGAGGAUAGGUUCAGGUGCGGUGAUGUACACCUUAGCAGCCGUGAGGUGUUGGAGGCGGUGAGCCCUUACAUGAUGGAAGAGAGGUUCGAUAGGUUCAGGCGUGUGGUGGAGAACCGAAGCUUCUCGGUGUGUCUUGUGGUCGAAGGUCUCUCCGAUCUUGGAAACAUCUGUGCUGCGUUUCGCUCAGCGGAUGCGUUAGGGAUUCAAUCAGUGCACGUCGUUGCCUGUGACAGCUCCAAAAGGUAUAAGAACAAUCGGCAUGUGAGUAUGGGAGCUGAAAAAUGGCUAGACAUUGAGCUUUGGGACACACCUAAAGAAUGUUUCCAAGUUUUGAGGUCUCGCGGUUACAGAAUCGCCACAACUCAUUUGGGAAUGGACACGGUUUCGAUAUACGAUAUGGACUGGUCAUGUCCAACAGCGAUAGUUGUUGGCAACGAGGGCAGUGGAAUAAGUGAAGAAGCUUUGGAGUUAUCAGAUCUUCAUUGCAGUAUUCCAAUGAAUGGAAUGGUUGAUUCCUUCAAUGUCUCAGUGGCUGCAGGGAUUUUGAUGCACCACGCAGUCUCUGACAGAACCACUCGUCUGGGAAGCCAUGGAGAUCUGUCGGAAGGAGAGAAAGAGAUAUUGAUGGCUGAGUUUUCACUUCGUCACAGUAGAAGCUCCCUUAGUAUUGCUUCCGAGUUCGCUAAACGUAGACAUCAACACCACUCUUCUUCUUUUUAA